AUCUUCCCCUAAUAGUAAAUUACAAAUUAAGUAAUAAAUAACAAAAAAGAGCGCCCGCUAGGGGAGUUACAAAAAUAACUCGCAAGAAGAUUACAACUGGGAAAAAAAGGAGCAAUCACUUUACGGUGAUUUACCUCAUCUCGAGCCGAAAAAGUCGACAGGAUGUACAAUAAUAGAUAUACGCAAUAGGAAAUCGAAGAUAUGUAAGGUCCUAUGGGCGUAUCGGCCGCGGAAUGAACUCGAUUCUUCGGGAGCCGCAGCGAUUUCCGAGUGGACAAGGUCUCUUGAGCACAUGGCAUGAACAACAAACACGCCAGCGGAACACCGACGAGCACAAAAGUUUAGUUUACCGUGCAUUCUCGCAGGUAAUGGUAGGCAGGUACCCGGCUAUUGGUAAACGGCAUUGAAACGAUCAUUAUAUGAUGGUAGAAAUUUCUACGAAACGGAUAUAAAAAUAUGAAGUGAUCGACACGCUAGUAAGUACGGCGAAUGCGGCGUUUCAAAUUGUGAAAUUGCGAUUUUAAGAAAUGCCAUCGAUCCAGCGCGAUGGCUGAUCAACCGGCGGACUUGGAACUGGACGGCAUCAGGCCGGUCAGUUUCUACGACAACAAGGAGGCGGACGAGCGGGAGCAGAUCCUGCAUUCGUCGGACGAGGAGGGCGCGAAUCGAUCGCAAAUCAAUUUCCUGAACACCACCGUGCCGCAGAACAUCAUGGCCCACGACAUCAUCGGGAAGCACACUCCUACCAGGAACAGCCUGCGACACAGCAGGCUCAUCACGUUGAACAGGUCCGGUCAAGUACCAAUACCGACGUCAACGGCUUUACCCUGUCGAAAAUUAGCCAAAGUACUACUAGCUAUCAUACUGAUAGUAGGAUUGGAAUUGUGCAUAGAAUCCUUAUGGCUGCUCCUCUGGACCCCGAAUUUAAAAUCCAGAGAUAAUCCAGGAUGGUGCGGCAUACCAGUAUUAGUUUCCAGUUUCGCUGGAAUUUUAUUCAUCUCCAGCGUUCCUGAUGGAUAUUCCGACGCAAAAUUCGGUUAUUGGAGAAAAUCGUUAAAGUACAUAACAAUAACAGUUAGCGCAGCGGCGGCGGCGAGUUGUGUUCUAAUAAUAGCCUUUUCUUCGUUGCAUUUGAUGGCGUUGUUCGGCAUGACGUGCGCCCCGCCGGAGAAAAUCGACUCGACUUGCUUGUGCCGGUACAAUUCGACCGAAGAGGCGAUAUUAGAUCAAAGUUACCACUACGCGGACCUGAGUUGCAAAGAGGUGCGCGACGUUUUGAGCGUUUUGAUAAUGGUGUCCUGCGCGGCGGGCUGUGUAGCUUUGAUAUCGGAGGCCGUUUAUCUCUACCUGCAUUGGGCCAGCAGGAACGCGUGCGAGUACUCGAGGGUGCCUAUGAAUGCUUUGAAUAUACAUAAAACGGGCAGGUAACGUUCGAUUAGGAUUUUUUUUUAAACCAAAUUUUUAGUAAACGUCGAUUCGGGGUGGUAAAAUUGUUGCACUAGUUUUAAGGUUUCCAAAGAUUAGAUAAGCAUAAUUGCAUGAGUGCAAUUUUAUUUUAAGGUAUUUAUUUCGUAGUUCAAAUGUACCAUCUAUUUUAACAUGUUCAAAUAAAUGUUUUUAUUUAC